AGUUCUUGCUGGAAGUCCAUCACCCAGAGGCCAGCUCUCCCAACAACCGGACAGCAGCAGAGUAGUAUGCCUGUUUCCAGUGCCAUGACACGGGAGGGGCAGUUCAGGGAGGAACUGGGUUAUGACCGGAUGCCCACACUGGAGAGAGGCCGACAGGACACAGGACGGCAGGACACGGGCAGCUACGCACCUGACUCAAAGCCGAAGGACCUGCAGCUGUCGAAGAGGUUGCCCCCAUGCCUCAGCUACAAGACAUGGGUGUUCUCGGUGUUGAUGGGGAGCUGCCUUCUUGUGACUUCCGGAUUUUCGCUCUACUUGGGGAAUGUGUUCCCCUCUGAAAUGGAUUAUUUGCGCUGCGCAGCAGGCUCUUGCAUCCCCUCGGCAAUCGUGAGCUUCGCUGUGGGGAGGAGAAACGUCAGCGCGAUUCCCAACUUCCAGAUCUUGUUUGUCUCCACGUUCGCCGUUACCACCACAUGUCUGAUCUGGUUUGGGUGUAAACUGAUCCUGAAUCCCUCAGCCAUAAACAUCAAUUUCAACCUCAUCCUGCUCUUGCUGUUGGAGCUCCUCAUGGCAGCCACAGUGAUCAUCUCGGCCCGGUCCAGUGAGGAGUCCUGCAAGAAGAAGAAGGGUUCCAUCUCGGAUGGCGCCAACAUUCUGGAUGAAGUGGCUUUUCCUGCUCGGGUCUUAAAAUCCUACUCUGUGGUAGAAGUAAUUGCUGGUGUCUCCGCAGUCCUUGGUGGAGUGAUCGCUCUAAAUGUAGAUGAAGCUGUUUCGGGCCCACAUCUCUCAGUGACAUUCUUUUGGAUUUUAGUGGCUUGUUUUCCAAGUGCCAUUGCCAGCCACGUGACAGCAGAGUGUCCCAGCAAAUGUCUGGUGGAGGUGCUGAUUGCCAUCAGCAGCCUGACAUCCCCACUGCUGUUCACUGCCUCCGGAUAUCUGUCCUUCAGCGUAAUGAGAAUCGUUGAGAUUUUUAAAGAUUACCCACCAGCCAUCAAAUCUUACGAUGUGCUCCUCCUGCUGUUGCUGCUAGUGCUGCUGCUCCAGGGGGGCCUCAACACUGGCACAGCCAUCCAGUGUGUGAGCUUCAAGGUCAGCGCCCGGCUACAGGCUGCAUCCUGGGACACCCAGACCUGUCCCCAGGAGCGCCCAGCAGGGGAGGUGGACAGAAGCCCCCUGAAGGAGUUUGACAAAGAGAAAGCCUGGAGAGCUGUGGUGGUACAAAUGGCCCAGUGA